CACUGCAAGAAGAGCUGUUCUUUCAGAAGAACUCAAGCAGAUUUGCAGUUCAGUUUAAUCCAAUCUCAACAACCAUGUUUGUUUCAAUAUUUCUGAUAGGGCUCUGUGUUUGCUUCCUUCUUCUUCAGCUCCAACCUCGGAGACCCAAGAACUUCCCACCAGGACCCCCCUGUCUGCCUGUACUGGGGACCCUGCUGCAUCUAAACUUAGAGAACCCCUUAAAGGACUUUCAGAGGCUCAGGGAGUCCUAUGGAAAUGUCUACAGUCUGUUCAUGGGUUCAAAACCAGCUGUUGUCAUCAAUGGGUUCAAGGCAAUGAAGGAGGCAAUUGUGACUAAAUCUAUCGAUUUCGCUGGAAGACCCCGAGGCCUUUUUAUAAAUGACCUAAUGCAGACAAAAGGUGUGAUUAUGGCUGAUUAUGGCCCAAUCUGGAGGGAACGCCGGCGCUUUGCUCUGAUGAACCUCAAGAACUUUGGUCUGGGAAAGAAAUCAAUGGAGGAGAGAAUCCUUGAGGAAAUUCAAUACAUCAUUGAAACACUGGAAAAGAACUGUGGUAACACUGUGAGUCCUCAGGUUAUGUUUCAUAACGCUGGCUCCAACAUCAUCUGCCAGCUUCUCUUUGGAACACGCUACGAGUACGAUGAUGAGACAAUCAAGUUGAUUGUGAGGUGUUUUACUGAGAUAACUAAAAUAAUCAACAGUCCAUGGGCAAUGCUGUAUGACUCUGUCCCUUUAAUACGUCACCUGCCGCUGCCCUUCAACAAAGCCUUUGAAGACAUGGAGAUUUUUCUGAAUAUAGCAAGACAUUUGGUGAAUGAACACAAAAGAACCCGAGUCUCUGGAGAGCCACGAGAUUUUGUUGACUGCUAUUUGGAUGAACUGGAAAACGUAUGCAAAUACUCCUUUUGGCCUUUUCCUUUCAGGGAACUCCUGCUUCAGUCUGGCCUCUCUGGCUUUAUCGACAAAACACCUCCUAUGAGCUGUUCCUCUGAUGAACUCAUUCCUCAUAUUAUCUAUCCUCGUCACUCCCAUACAGAACCUCAACAUCUUCAUCUCUCCAGCUCUGCCUCCUAUCUCUUCCUCAGCGCCAUUGGUACAAUGAUCAUCCAGAACCUGGAUUCGGUGCUGAGGGAGGAAGGACAGUGGAAGUUCCCUCAUGAAUUCAACCCGGAGAACUUCCUAAAUGAACAGGGAGAGUUUGUCAAACCUGAAGCUUUCAUGCCUUUCUCUGCAGGUCCUCGGGUAUGUCUUGGAGAGAGUCUGGCUCGUAUGGAACUUUUCCUCAUCGUGGUGACUCUGCUGAGGAGGUUUAAGUUCAUCUGGCCGGAGGAUGCUGGAGAACCAGACUUCACCCCGGUUUAUGGAAUCACUUUGACACCCAAACCUUAUCGUAUGAAGGUCCAACUGAGGUCAAAACAGUGAGGAGCAGAAACAGAGAAGAAAUAACAA